CCUGCUAAAUCUCUAGCUACUUCCGUAACAAACCAAACGCAGUUAUGUCGUGCGCAGUCGACAUGAGUCGACAUCCGGCCACGUUAAGAUCGUUUGUCUGUGCUGUUUGCUUGAGAUUAUCAGCGGUCGAGCUGCCCGGUGUCGCUGAAAAAAAAGUGAAAGUGAUUGCGCUCUUAUGCCCGAAUUUUCUCGAGGCUCAAGAGGAUUUUAAAUGCGCACAGAUCAGUGACGAGACAGCCGCGUAAGCGUCGACGAAUAAACGAGAAAUAAUAAGAAUGGAUUGCUGGUCGGUCUGGCUAUUGCUUGUUUCGCUGUUUGGUGCACUCCUCCUUACGGAUGGCGUCGAGCUAACCUUCGAACUAGCCGAUAAUGCCAAAGAGUGUUUUUAUCAAGAGAUCGAAAAGAAUGUCUCAUCUACGUUGGAGUUUCAGGUAGUUACAGGUGGCCAGUAUGAUGUAGAUGUAACUUUAGAAGCACCAAAUAAAGAAAUUAUCUAUAGCCAAGUAAAAACACAAUUUGAUUCACACUCCUUUAUUCCAACUAUAUCAGGAAUAUAUAAAGCUUGCUUUAGCAAUGAGUUUUCUACAUACUCGCACAAGCUGGUAUAUAUGGAUUUCCAAGUUGGCGACGAAUUGCCACUUCCUGGUCUUGGAGAACAUGUUACAGUCAUGACUCAGAUGGAAUCUUCUGCCCAAGAAGUACACAAAAAUCUAAUCAGCAUUUUGGACUAUCAGACGCAUCACCGCUUACGUGAAGCUCAGGGCCGCAAACGCGCAGAAGAGCUCAAUGAGCGAGUGCUCUGGUGGUCGGUUAUGGAGACUGUUUGUAUCCUACUCAUCGCUGUAGGACAAGUUUUCAUCCUGAAAAACUUCUUUACGGAUAGAAGUCCUUCCCAAAGUUAUUAGUGUGAUAAUCAAAUAACAGAAAAAGAAAAACUCAUUUGCGAUCAAAGUAUACGAUCACUGAUCGAAUCGUCCUUGUGACGAUGUCUUGUAAUCACUGGUCAAAGUGCCAUCGUAAUACCUGCCGUUAAUGUUUCCCUGCGGCAGACCUUUUAACCACGAGUCUUCUCUGACAAUCGAGAAAGGAUCACUUAAUUCUCAGGAGAGGAUUCGGUGAUUAGAAUCUAUAGAGUUGGUUAGAAAUGCGGGGUGAUUCAAAUACAUACUAUGAACAUGUGUAGUAUUGUCACGAUUAUUAAUUUAUGCUGAGGCUGAAAACUUUCAACAUGGGUGCUGAUACAAUCGAGCGAUUAACAGGAUGAGUGUAAGUGAACAUCUUACACCUUUCUUUUGGUGGAUACUCUGAAAUUGUAUUUAUACUAGCACAGGGACAGUACAAUGGACAUUGGAAGGAUUUUUCUUAUUGUGAAUGUGUGACAUAAUAAAUUAAAAAUACUUAUGUGUAUGUGUACUUGUAUCGCCAAGCGAUAUAAUUAAUUCCCGUCUCUUGUUAUUUAUCGGGCUUUCCUUUAUUUAUCUUAGGCAUUAAUUAAGAAGUUAAAUAAAUGCAAUUGAUUAUUUACUUA